AUAUCCUGACUACAUAGCUCACUGGGUCAUCAUCUUCUUCGGAUGGACUGUGCCCCUUUCGAUCUCAUACCAACCACCGAAUCGUCCUUGUCCCUCCCCGAUUGGAAGAAUCCGAUCAAGGAACGUCUUACCAUCCAUCAUCCACCUCGGACGGCCUUCUUUUACCUUUUCGAUCAAAAAUUCCCAUCGACCACCUAAUCCUACUACCCCUCUUCAAGGUUCGCUUUGGCCAUAUCCUCUCAUUCACAUCCACCCUCCCGAAAUUCACAUCCGACAAUAAUCAGAUUGGAUAUACCGGAGCAACAUAAGUUCAAAUGGGAAUCCAAGGCCUGCUGCCAUUUCUAAGAUCAAUCCAACGCGAAUCACAUCUUAAAAACUGGGCGGGAAAGACUCUUGCGAUCGACGGCUACGUCUGGCUGCAUCGCGGCGCGUACCACUGUGCACAGGAAUUAUGUCUAGGAAAUCCGACGACCAAACACGUCGAUUACUUCGUGCAAAAGAUCCACCUCUUACAUAGGUUCGGUGUCUCGGCCUACGUGGUAUUUGAUGGCGACCAUCUCCCGAGCAAGAAGGUCACAGAGGACGAUCGCGAGAAUCGGCGUCGGACUGCGUUGGCCAAUGCCCAGAAACUGCUGGCCCAAGGCGACCAAAAACGAGCACGCGAAGAAUUCGUCAAGGCGGUUGAUGUCACUCCUCGACUAGCUCACGAUGUCAUCCUUGCCCUCCGUUCGAUGGGUGUUAAAUACGUCGUUGCUCCGUAUGAAGCAGAUGCUCAGCUACGAUACUUGGAGAUGAAGGGAGAAGUCCAUGGAAUCAUCACGGAAGACUCGGAUCUAUUAGUCUAUGGUGCUCGGAACGUCUUGUUCAAAAUGGACCCCUCUGGCCACUGUAUUCACAUCUGUCGCGACGAAUUGGGUCAGGUUCAUGAUAAACGGAUGGGCCUAUGGGAUGAACGGCAGUUCAGACAAAUGGCCAUGCUGAGCGGAUGUGAUUACCUGUCUAGCAUUCCCGGGCUUGGGAUAAAGAAGGCGCAUGACUUGAUAAGAAGACACCAGACAGCUGAACGGGCCAUCAAGGCCACUCGUCUCGAUGGUAAACUACCCGUUCCACCCAAGUAUGAGCAAUCCUUCCGCGAAGCCGAGUUGACGUUUGAACAUCAGUUUGUUUAUGAUCCCACCACUCGAACCAUGAUCCCUCUCACGCCUCUACCAGAGUCACCGCCUUCCCCGCAAGCCCUAGCUGGAUGUGGAGAAAAAUGGCCCGAUCAGAUUGCUAUUGAUGUCGCAGAAGGUCGUGUGGAUCCAAUGACCAAAGAAGCCUUUUCAGCCCAAUCCUCUACACUCAAGCACUUACCUCCGUUCCAUCAACUUAAAACAACCAUACCUAAGCAGUUGGCUCCGAGUCGCCCAGCGCUGAGUAGUUCAGGGAAACAAUCCACACUGAAUCAGUUUGCCUUUAAGUCAUCCAGUUCCACUUCAAAAACGGUCUCUUCGACCCCCGCAAGGUCUUCCGGUCGAGAGGGCCCUACGAGCCCCCAAGUCUCGAAAAGCAUCACCCCAGUCAAUGGCAAGCCGAGUAAAUUUUUCGAAUGUCAACCCAGCAAACAACCGAAUUCAAUAUGUCCAUCUCCUCCGGAAGCUGAUUCAGAAUCACAAGGCUACAUUGCCACACAAACGACAAUUGAAGAUCUUCCAGCAGAAGACGCAGUACCGCUGACGCAAGAAAGCUGGGAUGCAAUAUCGGAGUUAUCAACAGACGACUCGGCCGAUCCAAAGGUGGAUAAUCUCGGAAGAGAUAUCGAGUUCGAGAAACUGAUAGGAGAAGACCUGCCGUCCAGUCAAAUGCACGAUCCUUCCACUGCUCCCUUAAUUUCGCGCAGCAGUAGUUCUACUGGAUCGAACAAGGAGAACUGUCAACCGGUCUUCACGGACGAGCAACUUGACUCCUCUUUCUGUCCCUCAUCGUCGCUGGAAAUCACCAACCAAGCGCGUCAAGACCUUUCAGAUGGUUUCAUCAGUAGCUCUCAACCGGAAGAAUGUGAACUAACUAUCACCAAGCCCCGGGUGACGAUCAUCACGCCUAAUAAUCAUCAUUCUAUUGCCGAGGUCAUCAAUGGUCGGCGUAUCUCUGAGCCCAUCUCUCGCCAGACGCGACAGCUCCCGCUCAGCUCCGAUCCAAUCCCUAGCUCCGAUGACGAGGAGGAUGCACAGAUCAGGGUGAUGGACACGGGACUGAAUCGACGCAAAGCGGCCCAAUCCACAUUCCAAUCCCACCAACCUUUAAAAAAGGAUCUGUCGCGGGUUUGUACAGACCCCUUCGUCCAAGCUGUCCACAGUCGCCAAACGGAGCGCAUCGACGACAGCACCACCUGAUGAAGAGAUCAGCCCAUCGCUCGCAAGAGUCGCCUCUGGGAUCCGCAAUCGAUUCACAUACACAAAACCUUCGGCCUCUGAAAAGAGACCGCCAAUCGGAAAACCCAAGCUGUUUGAUUUCUCUAAGAAUCAUAAUGAUCAGCAUCAGGACCAUCAUCUUAAUGAGAAAACCCGCGCCCCGCAACGCCCAUCGUCUCAUCGCAAGUCUUGCCAAUUGCCCCUAAGUUCCUCGACGAGUACAACCCUCAACGACGUACCCGACCCUGCUCCUCCAUCCAAGCAGCAGCAAACCGAGUCUCAUAUCGAUUCUUUUCAAGCCCACUUGCCCUUCAAACGUCAGCCCAGUUCUAGGAAACCUUCGUCACAUAAACCCUCCCUUGGCUCCCCUUCAUCCGCCCCACCUCCCACCACAACGCCGGCCACUUCUAAUAGACUGUCCAUGUUCAUGUUCAAAGGCUUCGUCGAUCAGAACUCCAAUCCUGUUUGAAAAAAAUGAACUCUUGUUUCUCAUCGUGAUCAUCCUCAUCAUCCGUCUCCUUCUUGUCUUCCUUCCUCCUCCUUCCCUUCUUUUUGGUCUUUCCUUUCUUGCUCAUGUACAGCCCGUCAAAAAAACCCCUGUACUUUUUUUUUCACCGCUUUCAAUGUACUUUCAGUGGGAGCCAAAGAGAAUUUACAACAUUAGUCUGCUGCUUGUUUUCUUUUGUUCAGAAAGGUACGAGAGAACUUGCGAAGAAGAAAUCCUAAAUCGAUUGAGACUGGGGACCCUCCACCAUGA